CAUAACAACAACCUGUCAUGACAGCUCGUAUGGGGGGAAAAAUAUCGAUUAAGAUAUCAAAUCAUAUCAAAUCUGUCUCACCUGGAUGUAAGAUUUCUCCCAAAAGUGUGUGAGAUCCAGGAGGGACAGGGCAUUCUUGGACCUGUCGGUUAGCCAGCCGAAGAGACGGGGAACAGGAUAGGGAAGCAGGGCGAGGCGGGCCCCGCGGAGCCGGUGGAGAAGAUGGCCGGCAGCCCGGAGAAGAGUUCCACCGCGCAGGAGCUGAAGGAGCAGGGGAACCGGCUGUUCCUCUGCCGCAAGUACCAGGAGGCAGCUACAUGUUACAGCAAAGCUAUUAACCGUAAUCCAUCAGUGGCAGUGUACUACACCAACAGGGCUCUGUGCCAUGUGAAGCUGCAGCAACAUGACAAGGCUCUGGCUGAUUGCAAGCAUGCGCUGGAGCUGGACAGCCAGUCAGUCAAGGCCCACUUCUUCUUGGGCCAGUGUCACCUGGAGCUGGAGAACUAUGAUGAGGCCAUUGGCAACCUGCAGAAAGCUUAUAACCUGGCAAAAGAACAGAGGCUGAAUUUCGGAGAUGACAUCCCCAGCGCCUUGCGCAUUGCAAAGAAGAAACGUUGGAAUAGCAUUGAGGAGAAACGCAUCAACCAGGAGAAUGAGUUACAUGCCUAUCUGACUAAACUCAUACUGGCCGAGAAGGAGAGAGAACUUGAAGAAUACAAAGAAAAACAGGACGACAAUCAAAAUGGAGGCGAUGCUGCCAAGAUUGCAUCAAAGCAUGACAAGUAUCUAAUGGACAUGGAUGAGCUCUUCUCUCAAGUGGAUGAGAAAAGAAAAAAGCGGGAGAUUCCAGAUUAUCUGUGCGGGAAGAUCAGUUUUGAGCUGAUGAGAGAGCCCUGCAUCACACCCAGUGGUAUCACCUAUGAUCGCAAAGACAUUGAGGAGCACCUACAGCGAGUGGGUCACUUUGACCCGGUCACCAGGAGUCCCCUAACCCAGGACCAGCUGAUCCCGAACCUGGCCAUGAAGGAAGUGAUCGAUGCCUUUAUCCAGGAGAACGGCUGGGUGGAGGACUACUGAAGCGAACCCCCUAACCUCCCAUCUCUCUCUCCAUCAUCAACACACAGUCUGGACAACACGAGGCUUUAGAGAACAGAUCACCCCCUUGCCUGGAUAUGUACUUUACACAAGCGGGAGAAGUCACACUACGGACUACCAAACGGGAGCCACGUAUCUCGAUCUGCCUCUUCCUCCCAACAUUUUAUCUUUGCUGUUAUACUUCCCGCUCCUACCUUCUGAGGCUCAGUGUUCAUGGCCUGCUGCUCCCUUUAAACCCCCCCCCAUUCUGCUCUUUCUGUACUUUCUCCCCUUCGUCCUCUAACUUUCUGUCAUGCUGUAUCUAGUCUCUCAAGCCUGACUUCCUUCUUUACUCCGAACAUGGGGCCACGUUCUCAGGUCUCUCCUUCUCCCUCUCUCUCUCUACUGUCUCUUUCUCUGAGUGCCACAAUCCUUGGAAAGCAUCAGCAUUGCACUCCAGUUUUUCACUGAAACCACCAAUAUUACAAAACGAUUACACAUGGUGGUUAAAUACAUUAAGACAUUGGCCUUUGAUUUGGCAUUUACUCCAGUAUUUCUUAGUCUUUUCUUUCUUCAUUUAACAUUGGAGUGUUUGCCCAUUUCCAAAUGUAUAUUUACAGAAGUGGAACCUAAAAUGCCAAAAACCUUUUCUCGAGGGUUGCAACUAGUUUGUAUGCAAGUUUUACAUGUUAACUGAAUAAUAAUCGUAGGGAAUCAAUUCCCUUUUCCGCCUCCAGGUGGUGCUCCAAACACACCCAACCAUGUCACCAUACUGUAAGAUUUUAAGUAGAUUGUUAGUUUUUUUUUUCUUUGCAUAUCAAUCACACCCCAUUACAGACAAUUUAAAUAAGUUGAAUGUAUGCAUAAUGUAUGCUUUAGGUUUAGGCUUGACCUAGAGUAAUUCAAAACAGUUUUUUUUUUUUUUUUAUCAGGUCAAUACAAGGUUUUCAUGAAAAGCGGCCUUGAACUGGAUGCAGAAAAUGAAUGGAAACAACCGCUGCAUACAAAAAAAAAAAAAAUUUCACAUUGCUGGAUAUUAAUUGAAAGUGUUUGAAUAUUGAUAGAUGACAUCAGCUGUUUGGGUUGAUGCUAAAAACCUGCUUUGGAGAAUGGUCUGUGCUGUUUGUGUCAGUUAUAGAAGCAGAAAACGUGCUUGGACGUCGUGUUUGGCUCGUGCUGUUUGCCUGGAAUGACAGUGGACGCUCACAUCAAGCAUGAGGUGGGUUUUCUUUUCCUUUGCAAAGGCAGAAUGAUGGUUGUCUCACUUUUUUGCUGUUAAUUUUAUGGACCUUCUCCUCACGGUGUCACAGUUAUGAAAAAAAACAAAAAACGGUUGCAACAGCUUAUCUGAAACAAUCAUCCGUGUGAAGUUUGUGUCUCGUUGCAGGGAUUUGAGGUUCACUAGCAUCACAGUACCAACCUCAGUGUUAGAAUUGCUGGAAGAGUAAAAGACCAUCUUAUCUCAUCCAUACCUCAGUCCAAGUUUUUUGCGUGCUGGUUCACUGGCAUAUAUACAUCAAAACACAUUUUCAUUUAAGCGCUAUUAGUUUACAGGUUUUUCGGCUGAAUGUGUCUGUGGUGAUUUAGGCCUGUCGGUGGUUUGUGUCGGGGUGCAGGCAGUGUAAAUAAUUUCCUUGUGUAUCUCAGAUUUUAUUUCUUGACAAAAUAGGGUUCUUUUUUUCUUGAGAAAUCCUAGAGCUUGAGAAACUGUAUUAAAUGUAGAUAUGUUGAUAACAUAAAUGCUUGGUUCAGUUUUCAUUUGUCCCCAUUCAACCGUGAACUUUGAGUUUGUUGUUUUUGUGACACAUUAUCAUUAAAGAGACACCAAGUAUGA